CGUCAGCCCCAGGCUGUAGAUGCGACCAAUCUGCUUUCACCUACAACAAGCCUCAACCAGCUUUCUACUUCUGUCGGAGCUCAAGAACAGCAUUUUCCACUUGGCCGUGUGGCUGGAUGAAUCUUGACGCAGGGAGUGGAGUGCCUAGUUUGUGCCACUGUACGAGCAUUCCCACUUGUCUCUCCAGCUUCCUUCUCCCCUCACCCCCAGCCUCCGGAUGGCAGUGGAUUCGCUCUGGCACUACCAGUUCCGGAUUAUCAUGUUGGGGGACUCCACCGUGGGAAAAUCCUCUCUCCUGAAGCGUUACGCUGAGGGGGUCUUCCUCGAGUCCAUGAAUCAAACUGUGGGUGUGGAUUUUUAUGUUCACUUCCUGGAGAUUGAGCCUGACCUGCGCAUCAAACUACAGUUUUGGGAUACAGCUGGGCAAGAGCGGUUCAGGUCUGUGACGCGUUCCUAUUACCGCAACUCCGCUGGAGGCGUGCUGGUGUUUGACUUGUCCAACAGAGCAUCCUUCGAAAGCAUCCGGAAGUGGCACCAGGAAGUGAUGGACACGGUGAAGCCUCACCACAUUGUCUUUGUGCUGGUUGGGCACAAGAGCGACUUGGAGUCUGAGAGGAAGGUUGGACAAAAGGAGGCAGAGAAACUGGCCACUUUGCUGGAGGCCAAGUACAUUGAGACGUCUGCGAAGAGCAACAGGAACGUGGGGGAGGCUUUCCAGACCUUGACGCUGGGAAUAUACAACGCUCUGAAGAGCGGGAAAAUGAGACCCAGCGAACAGUGGGACGGGGUGAAAAGCAAGCUGCCACCCUUGGCACAGCCUGAGGCCCAGGCACAGGAAGGGGGCAAGAAAUGUUCCUGCUAGCAAAUGGCAACUGCCUCUGGGAAAGUGCAUGGACCCUCUUGUACAAUAACCCAUGCAUGAUGCCCACGAGCCAUUCAUCUAGAAAGCUAUAAAAGGCUUUUAUAGGCUGGUGUAUAAGCAAAGGUGUAUUGCCUUUCUUUAUUGCUAACCUAACAUAUGGGGAAGUAAAAUCCUUGCAAAAUGAAGGCAGAGAACAUUGAUCUGAGGCUCCUUUGGCAUACUGACAAUUAAUGCAACAUACUCCUUUCAUUUCUGCACGUACCACACAUCUCUGGAAUUAUUAUUUGCAGCUGGUCUACCUGGUUUCAACCUUGCUCCGCCCAUCUAUUGCUUCCCCCCACCCCAACUCUUGCCAUCUCCUGUUUUUACCUCUGCUGCGGAAGAGACUGGCUUGAAAUGUGUGGAGGUAUUAUAGAUCUCCUCUCCCUGAAAACCUUGCCUAAACCGUAAUCAUCAUGUUAGCUGAUUUGUGAACACCUGCAUUAACCCAUCCUCUUUGGCUGAUCAGUUUGAUAACUCUUGAUACACUUUCAUCACCUGUUUUUAGAAGGAAAUAACAUUGGUGCCUAAUAUUCUACAGAAUACCUGUGGAUACAAGUAAACACUAUUUCAAAUUCACUUUCUCUACUCCUGUUGUCCCAAGGAGAUGCCUGAAGGGGAUAAGGAAAAUGACAGGGCUUUUACAGGCGGACAGACUAUAUGACUUGGGUAAUGAGCAAACUUUCAGAUUAAUCGGAACUCUUCUUCACAGUGGUACGAAAAAUGAAGAUGGCACAACCUGCCACAUACAAGAGUUUUGGAUGGAAUGGGAAGAGGUGCUUUGGAGAAUUUGGUUCAAUCAUGCUUACUGCAAAGAGACAGGUUGCAAGAAGGCAUGUUGUGGAAGAGGCCAGUGAAUGCUACCCCUUUGAUAAUACAAAAGCAACCAGUUA